AACGUCGUUAUCUAAUCCAUAUGACAUUAAUUAUCCUGCCACUAUCGUGUGGAGUUUUGAAUAUAUUUUAGCACCACUUUUAAAUGAUUAUUAAAAAUUGUUAGAUCAAUUUCCAAGGGAAAUAACACUUCAUAUAAUACUUGAGUAAUUAUGUUAUCUUAAAAAAUGCAGUUAUAUUUAUUUAACACGCAAAAAUAGAAAAAAUAACUAUCGAUUUAAUGCGAUUCCAUUGUGUCCUUUAUCGAUAGUGUUUGUUUUAACUGGAAUACUGUGCAAAAUUCAAUUGCGUAAAUACUUUUAUUAUUUAUCUCAGAAACGUGAGAAGCAUAGGUGUAAUCAAGGCCUUCCAAAUUUAACGAAAUCAGUUCCAUUGUUAAUUCCUUUAUUAUUGGAACUUCGAGGUUGUUAAAAUUAGCAAUUAGAAUUUCUGCCUGGGUGCAGAUAAUUUUCAACUGUAACCGGUAUUAACGGAAGAGAAGAAAAAAGAAAGCGAAAGAAUUCGACCGCAUAGCAGCAUUCUACUUCUGCUUGGAUGUUAAUCGUCGUGAUAAUGGAAGCGGAGUGUCAAUAUUCGACGAGGAUGUUGAACAGGACCGUGAUCCAAUACCAUUUACUCUGUUUACCUAAUUCGACGUUUUGAAUGUUGUCGUGUGUGCGAGAUGAGUUAGAUUCUGAACAAUUUCGGACAACCAUGAACGAAAAUAAAAGAAAUGCUAAAGAAUUUUCUGCUGAAGAAUUUGUCGACAAUUUGCUUACGAAAGGAUCAUGCUUACCUUGCGAUGAAACAUCGAAAACUUUUACCAGACAAAAUAUACCAAAUUUCUACGAUGAAAAUUUAUACCAGAGAGGUCAGCGGUUUUUUUACAAGCAUAUAUUUGGAAUGUUUUUGGGAAAACUUCUUGGACUAAUGGCUAUAAUUUCGAUAAAAUCUACUCUCGGCAUACUGAUGCUAACAAAUAAUUCUAGCACGCAAUUUCUAUCCUACAAAAGAUAUGUUUCAACUAUAUUUCACAUGUUGAUUUGGUAUAAAGAAGACUUGCACCCAAAUUCUAGGUUGUGCAAAUCAUUAUUCAAAGUGAAAAAAAUGCAUAACGUAGCAAGCAAAAAAGCGCAGAUUGCUUUGCAUUACAGGAUAAGUCAAAAAGACAUGGCAGUGACCCAGUUCGGUUUUAUGGGAUUUUUGUUAAGCAGACCAAACUUAAUAGGAGUGCAUAGUACGUCAAAUGAAGAUAUCAAAGGUGUUGUCCACCUAUGGAGAGUUGUGGGAUAUAUUUUAGGAAUCGACGACGAGUUUAACAUAUGCAGAGAAUCGGUGGAAGAAACUAGAGCAAUCUGUAAUGAAGUAAUCAAACGAAUCGUGAUUCCAGAAGUAAGACUGCACAAUAAGGAUGCGACGCAAUUGACUGCUAACUUUAUUAACGGGAUGUGGGCGAUGAAUCCAUUCCUCGAUGGAACGACGUUUAUGUUUUAUAUGAACUUAGUACUGCACAACGACAACUCCAAAAUUUCGAUAAAAAAUUCAGAAUUUUCGAAAUUGAACACAACAGCAAAGUUUAAGUUAAGACUGAUAUGUUACGUUAUAGACUUAAUGAAAUAUUCUUUAGUUCGAAUUUUCGUAAACUGGAUCCAGUUGCACGCUCUAUAUAUGACGAAGAAGUUUCCCUAUUUAGCCUACUACAAGUUUGGACUGUCAAACAUGCACAUACCCAUAUUAACAGAUGAGCUUUAGCAAUGGUCAAAUUAAAACAUUUUUUCUAAUUUAUUAUAAAUUCAAUAAAUUAACAACAAGAGCUAGAAUUUCUUGAUGGUUAUGGAUUCCGCAAACCAAAAGGAUGGUACCAACUAACCAGCUACUAAAUAAAAGAGUCCCAAUUUAUCAUCCUACACAGAAACACAGUUCAACUUUUUCAAUUAUCACCAUUAGCCCUGUCGCCACUUAUCGUUUGUUCGGAAAGUACCAGUAAAUUUUAAAUUCACAUAACUCUUGUGAUACAGCAGAAAGCCAUUUUUUGUUAUUCAAGUCUUGCAGUAUACGGUUUUUUUUCAAUGGUUUUUCCAUCAGAAAUUCAUGCAUGGCUAUCCCUUUGUCUAGUUUAUUCACUGAAAAGCUCCAUUUCUUUGCUUGAAUUGUAAUUCUGUAAUUCAGUAAUUGUAUUUCUUAAUGGUAGGUACUUCAUAUAUUUCAAUCUGGUCCUAUAAUAAUUUCAAAAAUAUUAAAUAUAUCUACAAAAAUAUCAAUUAAGAUUUCAUAUUUAAAUAAAUGAAAGUGUAUGCUGAAAUACGGCACUAGAUUCGAAUAGUUUAAUUUGGGCAAUUAUUAUUUUUAGAAUAGUAAUAGUACCUAGUGAAAACAAAUUACUUAUAAUUCUGUUAAAUUUUGGUCCAUUAGAGUUAUCUCAUUAGUAUAUUUAUUAGGAAAAUAAAUUAAUCCCAGGAUUAUUUUGCCAUUGAUUUUUUGUUUGCAAUACAAUUUUCAAGAGACCAAAAGAUUAGUGCCGAUUUAGGCAAUAGUUUAUUAUGCAAGAAGCUUAGUCAACGCCACUUUAUGAUUAGUAAACAUGUUACAUAUCCCGAAAAUCAAUGAUUUCUGGGUAUAAUUCAAAAACUACCCGUAGCUAAAAUCUACCGAAAAUAUCCAAUUGCUCACAUAUCGAAAACGUCCGAAGGACUCGAGACCAUGAGUAACUAACGAAGUGACACUUUGAGCACUCUUGAAUUAAUGAAAAUACACUAACUAGUACAAAAAAUAAUUUUUAACGGAAAUAUGAAGCAAAAAAAGUUACAUCAAAUUGUUUUCAACCCUUUUCAAUAAGAAAUUUUAUCUUAUUGACCACUAAUCGACCCUUCUUGGGACAUCAGAGAAGCAGAAGAACAUAUUUUGGUUUACACAUUUCAUUCCUUUGCGCCAUUGCAUCAAUUUCUAGUCAAGUGUCAUUUUCGUUUGUUAUUGGAGUGUUAUAGAGUUACAAAAAUUCCAUAUGAUUCAUUUCAACAGUAUACGCUCGUAAUCAUAUGCCUACGAUUAUUUAAUUUGGUUAUUAUUGAUGUUGUUUUAACCUUAACCUUAAGUGGUUAAUCCAAAUUCAUUUUACUUUGACCUAUUCUUUGAUAAUUCUACUGUAUUUUGGAACGAUGCGUUUAUUAUUUCUCAAUCAAAGAUAAAUAUUAUCUUCACUGCUGCUUGAUUUGUGGAUUGUGCCGUGUUGAGCAAUGCAAAAUAUUGUCUCCAAAUCGUGGAUCUAUAAUAUUUUUGAAUGUCUUGAACAUUUCAAAAAUUUUGUUAUAUUAAAAAACGACCCACAUUCGGACAACAGGCAAUAAGGUAUGUAGGUUAUUAUUUUUUAAACAUAUUUCGAAAAAUUAUGACACCAGCAAAUGCCAUAAAAAUACGUCAUUGCUAACGUAAUGGUCAUCUUUCCUCUGACUCUGGAUAAUACCUCUUUUCAAAGAAACUUCCCCAAACUACUGUAGUACUAUCUACAAAUAUUCUGGAGUCCUGCGUCCGUUGUUGAAAAAUUGAACUUGCUGACGUUUCGCCGUUCGUUGGCUUCUUCAGAGCUAAAAUGUAUUCAAUUAUUGGGAGUGAUAAGUUGUUAUUUAUAAUAAUCUGUACAACGUAAUUUUAUUUAAAUGUUGAUUUAAGCAUGCAUAUCCCAUCAGAUAAUUGUGAUAUUACAACCAUAUUACAUAUUAUUAUUAGUAAAUAAAUAAAUAAUCGUUUAUUGAAUACUUAUAAAUACUAAAACGUAUUUUUGAAGUCAGGAAGAGUACAAACAAGAUAAAUAUAUUACAUAUAAACAGUUAAAACAGUGCAACCAAAAAGUAAAACUUUGUAUAUAUAGGUACACUCUAAGAAUAAUUAAUUUAUAAAAUAACUUAGAUCUACUGUACCUGAUGUGUAACAAAUGCGUUUAUAGAAUAGAAACAAUGAUCUUCAAAAAGCUUUUUUUAAAAUGGUGUGAAUUUUUUAAUGUAAAGUCGUUUAACAUCAAUAUUUUUGGAUCGAAAAAGAGUGUUUGCAAAAAUAUUAUACAAAUCUAGAUUAAGUUUAUUUUUUUGUGUAGUACACAACCUCGAUCUUAAUGUUAUGAGAUUGUCAGUUGUUCGAGUCAUGUAGCUGUGAUAUCCAGCAUGAAUCGGAAAGACAGACAAAUUUCAGUGGAUUUCAACUAAAGUUUGGAGAAUAAUACAUGGAAAAAGUAAGUAUUUUAAAUUUUUUGAAUGUUGGGCGGCAGUGGCUGGACGACGGAACACCCCCAAGAACCCGACCGCAGACUUCUGUAAUCUAAAGGCUCUUUCGGCUUCCGUCGCGUUCCCCCACAAUAGUAGCCCAUAUGAUAAAAAACUAUGAAACAGUGCAAAAUAAACUAUACGGAGAGUGCUUUGCGAGUGGACAGAAGACAAUUUACAGUACAGGUAGUCUAUAUGAGGCGACCAGGUUAAAAACACAUCUAGGUCUAGGAGUUUGACCGGUUCAGACUUUUUACUUCUUCUAUUGGUAUUGAAAAUUAGAGUCUUUGUUUUAUCGGAAUUUAAUUUAAGUUUAUUUGCAGAGAACCACUGUUCAAUCAUGGAGAGUGUAGUGACAGCCUUCUU